AUGAGUUUGGUCUCGUUUGAUGAGGAUGUGCGUGGAAGAAAGGCAACAGAUUCAACUUCAUCAAAGCUUUUGUCUUUCCAUUACACAUUUGAGACGAGUCAACAGUCUCUGCGUCAUGAAGUCUCUGCGUCGGAUGCCUCUCUGUUCGGAGAUGGCAACGAAGAUGCAGAGACUGUGUCAGUCCGUAAAGAGAGACAUAAAUGGAAUCCAACAGAAGAUGGUGUGCUAAUAAGUGUCUGGUUGAACACCUCCAAAGACCCCGUGGUUGCGAAUGAACAGAAAGCAAUAGCGUUUUGGAAACGUAUUGCUGCUUAUUAUGCUGCGAGUCCAAAGGUGGCGGAUUUACAAGAGAGAGGGUCCACAGAGUGUAAAGGAAGAUGGGUGAAGAUUAAUGAGGCCGUGUGUAAGUUUGUUGGCUCUUAUGAAGCUGCAACGAAACAAAGAUCGAGUGGACAGAACGAGAAUGACGUUUUGAAGCUGGCGCACGAGAUUUUUUACAAUGACUACAAGGUCAAGUUCACCAUGGAGCAUGCAUGGUUGGAGCUUCACCAUGAUCAUAAAUGGAGUGGAGUUAAUUCUACUAAGGAUAACGUCUACUCAAAGAGAAGGAAGUUGAACGACCAGUCAUCAACCUCUGUGCCAGUAAGCUAUGGAGAUUAUGAGGCUCGGCCAAUAGGUGUUAAAGCAGCAAAGGGAAAAGGAAAAAAAAACAUGGAGGAAGCAAGCGACUUUAGAAGAGGAAAUGAAGGAGAGGGUGGAGUUUGA